AUGCCACCCAAGAAGGCCGACGCGCCCAAGAAGAAGACGAAAUCCGUCGAUGACAAGACCUUUGGCAUGAAAAAUAAAAAAGGAGGUGCCGCCAAGAAACAGAUCACGCAGUUGCAAGCGCAAUCCCACUCCAACAAAACUCCCGAUGAAAAGCGAAAGGCGGCCGAGAAACUCCAGCGUGAGGCUGAGAAGAAGGCCUCUGAUCUGGCUAAGAAGGAAGCCGCAGAACUCUUCAAGCCCGUUCAAGUCCAGAAGGUGCCCUUUGGCGUUGACCCCAAGACCGUGCUGUGCAUGUUCCACAAGAAGGGUGGUUGCGAAAAGGGUCGCAAGUGCAAGUUCAGUCACGACAUGAACAUUGAGCGCAAGGCCGCUAAGAAGGAUCUGUACACCGACUCGCGUGAAACAGAAGAAGAGACUAAACAGGUCGAUACUAUGGACCAAUGGGACGAGGAGAAGCUGCGCAGUGUCGUGAUGAGCAAGCAUGGAAACCCACGAACGACUACCGACAAGGUCUGCAAGUUCUUUAUUGAGGCGGUCGAGAACCAGAAGUAUGGUUGGUUCUGGACUUGUCCGAAUGGCGGUGAUAAGUGCAUGUAUAAGCACAGCUUGCCUCCUGGAUUCAUUCUCAAGACAAAGGAGCAGAGGGCUGCCGAGAAGGCCCUGAUGGACAAAUCCCCAUUGAACACGUUGACUUUGGAAGACUGGCUGGAGUCUGAGCGACAUAAGUUGACAGGUACCCUGACACCGGUCACUCCAGAGUCUUUCGCCCAGUGGAAGAAGGAGCGUAUUAACAAGAAGGCCGCUGAGGAGCAAGCACGACAGGCCAAAGAGGCCACUGGCCGUACCAUGUUUGAGAGCGGUGACUGGAAGGAUGAAGAGAGCAGUGAUGAGGAGUCGGAUGACGAUGACGAUGACGAUGGCUUCAACUUGGACGCGUUACGAGUUGAAACUGAAAAGCUGCAACAGGAGAAGGAAGAGGAGCGUUUGGCUAAGCUAGGAAUAGCGGUUCCAGUUGUCACACAGGAGGCUGAAGGCUGA